AUGUUUGAUGAUGGUGAAGUGAUUGAUACACACAAAGUUGUCUGCAAGCCGUUUAGGGAGACUGGAUAUUGUGGAUAUGGAGACUCCUGCAAGUAUUCCCACGACAGAUCUGCCGAGUAUGAAGAGGCCCCGGUUAUUUCUGGUCCCGGGCCUCUGUGCGGGAUAUGCAAGAAGACAUUCGAGGAGAGGGUGGUUGCAGAGUGUGGGCACAGCUUUUGUUCUCUGUGUGCAAUAAGAAAGUAUCAGGAUGGCGAUGAGUGCGGAGUAUGUGGAAAGGCGAUGUAUGGAAGGUUCUGGGUGGUGUGA